UUAACAACCUCUCUGGACAUUCCUAGGUAACACAACUUUAGACGGUGUUACACAAUCUAUUUUUUCCACAAAGAAUGACGUGGUCAGCGCUUCGGAGUGAGGAUACUACGCACUCCACUGGGGGGAAACCCAGGUUGACUUUGUGCCGCAUCACGGGUUUGGCAAAGACUUCAACCUCGACGUGUCAGGACUACGAACACGACAGCUUUGUUGAACGAGUUGUUAAGCAAAGCAAACGUCGAGCACACGACGCGUUUGAGCCAUCGCGCGCGUGCUGGCGUGUCGCGUUUGUUGCACACUUCGUGGUCAUGACGACGGGACUAUAUAUGUUGCAACACAUGCAUAUCAAGGUGUAUUUUCCUCAACACAUUCAGUGGGACCAGUCUGUCUGUGCAGUUUUUUUUCCUAGCUCCGAAAACUGAGCAGCUUUUGGCACAAGAGUAGUGCUGGAUCUGUGAAGACAAGACGGAAGCAUGUCAGACACUAUGGAACAAGUCUCUGAUGAAAUGGCCAACCUUCAGCUGGGGGAGCGGUCAGUGAAAGAUGACUUUCCCAAUCUGAGUGAGCACAACAACCACAUGGCCAAGUUGUUAACGAUGGACAUGUACAACAAACUGAGGGAGAAAUGUACCCCCAAUGGCUUCACCAUCGAUGAUGUCAUUCAGACAGGAGUGGAUAACCCAGGUCAUCCUUUUAUCAUGACUGUGGGGUGCGUGGCUGGCGAUGAGGAGUCAUAUGAAGUCUUCAAAGACUUGAUGGACCUUGUGAUUGAAGAAAGACACGGAGGUUACAGACCAUCAGACAUCCACAAAACUGACCUGGACCCAGAGAACCUCAAGGUACCAAUUUGGAUUUCUUGGAGCUGUUAUUGUAAACCUAUAUUGCAAGUGUCUUCUCUCCUUCCUGAGGGUGGCGAUGACCUCGAUCCCAACUAUGUUCUAAGCGCCCGCGUACGAACAGGCCGGAGCAUUCGGGGUUAUUGCUUGCCACCGCACUGCAGCCGGGGAGAGCGACGCGCCGUGGAGAGGAUCACAGUUGAAGCCCUGGAUUCACUAAGUGGAGACCUGCAAGGGAAAUACUACGCCCUGAAGAACAUGACUGAGGAGGAGCAGCAGCAGCUCAUUGAUGAUCACUUGCUGUUUGACAAGCCAGUGUCUCCUCUGCUGCUGGCCUCAGGGAUGGCCCGUGACUGGCCUGAUGGCAGAGGCAUCUGGCACAAUGAUGACAAGACAUUCCUAAUUUGGGUGAACGAGGAGGACCAUCUACGAAUUAUAUCUAUGCAGAAAGGCGGCAACAUGAAGGAAGUGUUCACUCGCUUCUGCACCGGACUCAAAGAGAUGGAGUCAUUGUUCAAAGAAAAAGGGGAAGAAUUCAUGUGGAAUGAGCACCUUGGAUAUAUUCUGACUUGUCCAUCGAACCUGGGUACUGGCCUGCGUGCUGGUGUACAUGUGAAACUUCCAAAUAUGAGCCAACACCCUGAGUUUGAAGAAGUUCUGCAGCGGCUGAGACUCCAGAAACGUGGAACCGGUGGAGUAGACACUGAUGCUGUGGAUGGAGUCUUUGACAUCUCUAACGCUGACAGACUGGGUUUCUCUGAGGUGGAGCUAGUGCAGAUGGUUAUCGAUGGAGUCAAGGUGCUGGUCGAGAUGGAGAAGAGACUGGAAAUACAAGAGCCAAUUGAUAACCUCAUGCCUAGUGUCCAGAGAAUCUCAAAAGAACCUGAGGAAAAGCCUCAGCCUGAACCAAAGAAGCUUUCAGCUGACGAGGAGUUCCCAGAUCUCAGUCAGCACAACAACUACAUGGCCAAGUACCUCACGUUGGACAUGUACAAAACACUGAGGGAGCGAACUACUUCCAAUGACUUCACCAUAGAUGAUGUCAUCCAGACAGGCGUGGACAAUUCUGGUGAUCCUUUUAUCAUGACGAUGGGAUGUGUGGCUGGAGAUGAGGAGUCUUAUGAUGUCUACAAAGACAUGAUGGACCUUGUGAUUCAGGAUAGACAUGGAGGAUACAAACCAACUGACAAGCACAAGACUGACCUGAAUCCAGAGAAACUAAGGGGAGCCGAGGACCUUGAUCCCAACUACGUUCUGAGUUCCCGUGUCCGCACUGGUCGCAGCAUCCGUGGCUUCUGCCUGCCGCCACAUUGCAGCCGUGGAGAGAGACGUGCUGUGGAGAAGCUCUGCAUCCAAGUUCUGGAAUCCAUGACUGGAGACCUACAGGGGAAGUACUACCCAAUAAAGGACAUGACAGAAGCUGAGCAGCAGCAGAUGAUUUUUGACCACUUCUUGUUUGAAAAACCAAUGUCCCCUCUGCUGCUGGCCUCAGGGAUGGCCCGUGAUUGGCCCGACGGCAGAGGCAUCUGGCAUAACGAAUACAAGACAUUUCUGGUGUGGGUGAAUGAGAAGGACCAUCUUAGGGUGAUCUCAAUGCAAAAAGGAGGCAACAUGAAGGAAGUGUUCACUCGCUUCUGUGAUGGACUCGCAGAGAUGGAGUCCUUGUUCAAGAAGAAAGGUCAUGUAUUUAUGUGGAAUGAGCACCUUGGCUACAUUCUGACUUGUCCAUCUAACCUGGGAACUGGUCUGCGUGCAAGUGUUAAUGUGAAGCUGCCAAACAUGAGCAAGCACCCAGAGUUUGAUGAGGUUCUUAGGAGAUUGAGGCUGCAAAAACGUGGAAUUGGUACAGGUGGUGGGGACAUAGCUGUUGUGGAUGGGGUCUUUGACAUCUCCAACAUUGACAGACUGGGUUACUCAGAGGUGAAACUGGUCCAGAUGGUAGUCGAUGGGAUCAGGGUGCUGGUAGAGAUGGAAAAGAGGCUCCAAAUGGAUGAGUCCAUUGACGACCUAAUGCCCAGCAACAUUGAUCUGAAGGGUUUGACAGCAAAGGAUGAGUUUCCAGAUCUCAGUAAGCACAACAACCACAUGGCCAAAAUAUUAACUUUGGAGAUGUAUAAGAAGCUGAAGGAUCGCACAACUCCCAAUGGCUUCACCAUUGAUGAUGUCAUACAGACAGGCGUGGAUAAUCCAGGACAUCCCUUCAUCAUGACAGUAGGCUGUGUGGCUGGAGAUGAGGAAUCUUAUGAAGUCUUCAGAGAGCUUUUAGACCUUGUGAUUGAAGACAGACAUAGAGGUUACAAAGCCAAAGACAAUCACAAGACUGAUCUCAACCCAGAUAAUCUGAAGGGAGGUGAUGACCUCGACCCAGAAUAUGUUCUGAGCUCCCGAGUCAGAACAGGCCGCAGCAUCCGUGGGUUUUGUUUGCCACCGCUGUGCAGUCGUGGAGAGAGACGUGCCAUUGAGAAGCUCUCUGUUGAAGCCUUGGACUCACUGAGUGGAGACCUACAAGGAAAAUACUACGCAUUGAAGAACAUGACGGAGGAAGAGCAGCAGCAGCUGAUUGAUGACCACUUGCUGUUUGACAAGCCAGUGUCCCCUUUGCUGUUGGCUUCAGGGAUGGCCCGUGACUGGCCUGAUGGUCGGGGAAUCUGGCACAAUGAAAACAAGACAUUCUUAGUGUGGGUGAACGAGGAGGACCAUCUGCGCGUGAUCUCCAUGCAAAAAGAUAGCAACAUGAAAGAAGUGUUCACUCGCUUUUGCUGCGGACUCCAAGAGAUCGAGUCCUCGAUUAAGCAGAAAGGCGAAGCAUUCAUGUGGAAUGAACACCUUGGGUACAUUCUGACUUGCCCCUCCAAUUUGGGCACAGGUCUACGUGCCGGUGUGCAUGUGAAGCUACCAAACAUGAGCAAACACCCUGAGUUUGAAGAAGUUCUAAGGAGGAUGAGGCUCCAGAAACGUGGAACUGGUGGUGUGGACACAGAUGCUGUGGAUGGGGUUUUUGAUAUUUCCAAUUCUGACAGACUGGGUUUCUCUGAGGUACAGUUAGUCCAGAUGGUGAUCGAUGGCAUCAAGCUGCUAGUAGAGAUGGAGAAAAGGCUAGAGAAGGAGGAGCCCAUUGAUGACCUAAUGCCAGCUGAUCUUCAGAUGAACGUGUUCUCUGCUGAGGAAGAGUUCCCAGAUCUCAGUCAGCACAACAACCACAUUGCAAAGUUCUUAAGUCUGGAAAUGUACAAGACGCUGAGGCAGCGUUGCACCCCUAACGGUUUUACCAUUGAUGAUGUUAUUCAGACAGGUGUAGAUAAUCCAGGUCACCCAUAUAUCAUGACUGUGGGCUGUGUGGCUGGAGAUGAGGAGUCAUACCAUGUCUUCAAAGACUUGAUGGACCUUGUGAUUCAGGAUAGACAUGGAGGAUACAAACCAAGAGAUAUGCACAAGACUGACCUGGCCCCAGAAAACCUGAGAGUAAAACAGCAUUUUACCAGGACCAUUUUAAGAAUAAUACUUGAUUGGUAUGGUUGAAAACUCAAUGUUUGUCCUGCCUUCAAGGGGGGCGACGACCUCGACUCGAAGUACGUUCUGAGCUGCAGAGUCCGAACAGGCCGCAGCAUCCGUGGUUUCUCCUUGCCGCCACUGUGCAGUCGUGGAGAAAGGCGCGCUUUGGAGAAGCUUUGCAUUGGAGCGCUAGAUACUCUAUCUGGAGACCUUAAAGGGACGUAUUAUGGCUUGAAAAGUAUGACAGAGGCUGAACAGCAGCAGCUAAUUGAUGACCACUUCCUGUUUGACAAGCCAGUGUCACCUUUACUGGUGUCCUCAGGGAUGGCCCGUGAUUGGCCUGAUGGCAGAGGCAUCUGGCACAACGACAACAAAACAUUCCUCGUGUGGGUGAACGAGGAGGACCAUAUGCGAGUGAUUUCAAUGGAGAAAGGUGGCAACAUGAAGAGCGUGUUUAGCCGCUUUUGCACUGGACUCAAAGAGCUUGAGGAUGUGAUAAAGGAGAAAGGUGAGGCAUUCAUGUGGAAUGAGCAUCUCGGCUACAUCCUGACUUGCCCCUCCAACCUGGGCACUGGUUUGCGUGCUGGCGUCCACGUAAAGCUUCCAAACAUGAGCAAGCAUCCCAAGUUCGAGGAGGUUCUUAAGAAGCUGAGGCUCCAAAAACGUGGAACUGGUGGUGUGGACACAGCUGCUGUAGAUGGAAUCUUUGACAUAUCAAAUGGUGACCGACUCGGCUUCUCUGAGGUGCAGCUUGUCCAGAUUGUGGUUGAUGGUGUCAAUUUGCUGGUGGAUAUGGAAAAGAAGCUGGAAAAGGGUGGUUCCAUCAACUCCUUGAUGCCUGGUAAACUUAAAAUGAAGAAGUUUUCACCUGAGAAAGACUUUCCAGAUCUCACUAUGCACAACAACUACAUGGCCAAGUUUUUAACACUGGAUCUGUACAAAACACUGAGUGAGCGGAAAACCCCUUAUGGCUUCACUAUUGACCGUGUCAUCCAGCCUGGCGUGGAUAAUCCAGGUACCCCAUUCACUAUGUCUGUGGGCUGUGUGGCUGGUGAUGAGGAGUCGUAUGAGAUCUUCAAAGAGCUGCUGGACCUUGUCAUUGAGGAUAAACAUGGAGGUUUUAAGUCAACAGACAUGCACAAAAGUGAAUUCAACCCUGACAGUCUUGCGGUAACUUCUCUAACUUCUCUCAAAUCCUAAAGACAGAUUGUGUCAGGAUUUGUUCGGUGAAAAAUUUGUUUUGCCCUAAAGGGGGGCGACGACCUUGACCCCAACUAUGUUCUGAUUUCCCGUGUUCGAGCGGGUCGCAACAUUCGUGGCUACCGCUUGCCGCCACAUUGCACCCGAGGAGAAAGACGUUUUCUCGAGCAGCUCUCCAUCGAAGUUUUGGGAUCACUAACUGGAGAUCUGAAUGGGAAAUACUUGUCAUUGAAGAGCCUUUCAGAAGCUGAGCAGCAACAGAUGAUAGAAGACCACUUAUUGUUUGAGAAGCCAGUGUGUCCUCUGCUGCUGUCCUCAGGCAUGGCCCGUGAUUGGCCUGACGGCAGAGGUGUCUGGCACAAUGAUGGCAAUACAUUCUUGGUGUGGGUGAAUGAAGAGGAGCAUCUAAAAGUGAUCUCCAUUGAGAAAGGUGGCAACAUGAAGGCAGCAUUUACUCGCUUCUGCAGUGGAAUACAAGAGGUUGAGUCCAAACUCAAGGAGAAAGAGCAUGAAUUCAUGUUGAGUGACCACUUAGGCUACAUCUUGACUUGCCCAUCCAACCUGGGCACUGGUCUGCGUGCUGGUGUGCAUGUGAAGCUGCCCAACAUGAGCAAACGGCCCGAGUUUGAGGAUGUUCUUAAAAGGCUGAGGCUUGAGAAGCGUGGAACUGGAGUGGCAGGCAGCGAAGUAGAUGGUGGAGUCUUUGACAUCUCCAAUGCUGACAGAAUGGGCUUCACUGAGGUGCAGCUGGUGCAAGUGGUUGUGGACGGCAUAAAGGUGCUCGUGGAGAUGGAGAAGCGGCUUGAGAUGGAAGAAGGUAUUGAUGACCUGAUGCCCAUCCAGAAGUAGAACCACUGACCACCCUACAUAGUUAACGUUUGCUUUAUCAGCCAAGAAUUCUUGCCACCAUUUUGUUAUUCUUGGAAACAGUUCUGUUAUCCUGUUAUGUUGAACACAAAAUAAAGUGAUUGAACAUCUAA